AAGCAUGGGCAAGAUGAGUUACGACAGUCAUUUCAGUCUCGGGGCGCGUCCCUAUCGACUGUGUAUGCGCAGCAUCAACGUGCACGCACGCACCAGCUUCUCACUGCGCUGUCAAAGCUUCAGCCACGAUUUCCGGACGAGCAGGAGUUCGCCUCAUCCGGUGUCAAGCUGUCCAGCAAGACACCGUUGACAAUACUGACCCGCAUACACCAACGUCUGCUCUUCCUUUUGACCAACUUGCAUGUAUUCACAACGCUCUUCUUCGACUUCAACGUGAUGUUCGUCCUUGUUCAGCUCGCUUUGCAGCCGGAUAACCGAGCAGCAGAUAAUGGUAGCAUCGCAACGGCUUGGUGGGUUGCCACUGGCGUCUACUCAUUUUUCACGCUCAGCUGGUUUCUCGGCGUCGUUCUGCUGCACGAUUACGUCUUAUGCUUUCAGCGCGUAUUCUCAGAGGCCAACGCAUACAUCCUUUCCAUCUACUUAUCGUCAACAGCAUACACACUUUGCAGCCUCAAAUCAUACAGCCACUAUUCCUUCUUGCAUCGAAUUCGCUGGUCAGCAACUUCCACGGACUUUUUCAUCGAGACGUGUUGGUACUAUUCACAAAAUUGGCCCACCAUAAUCACACUUAUCCCACGAGCAAUUAUUUGCAUAAUUGUGCUGGUCCUCUACAAUCCUUCGGGCACCCUGUCGUCCACCCUGUCGUCCACCCCUGGCCUCAUGUCCGCACGCGACCCAUUCUUCUUCGAUUCUGCCACCGACUUGCUUUCAACCUACGCCAGCAUCGUGCUCGUUGUGUACCUUGGCUGGGUCUCUUGGCGCGCUCUUGUCCUGGUCGUCAGCUACUUCGGCCUUUUGUUCACGAUGGGCUUCAGCGGACUUCGGCAUGCUAAGUUGAAUGUCAUCCUUCCACAAAAUGUGGUCAACUUUGGCAGCUCACGGCGCUUCAGCUCGUCCGUUCCACUGACACGCCCGUCCGAUGUCACUAGUUGGCUGGACAAAGAACCAGGAAGCGAAAUGAUGAUUCAUUUCACACACGCGGACGGCCAGCCUAUAUUCAUGCAGCGUGCCGAGGACAGAAUUCGCGAGCUUCUCUUCGAGUAUGCCCCGCAUCGGUUCAGUGCGGCGGCUGAUCAGGGCUUCAGCCGCUCCUUCGGGCGGUCGAUGGAGCAGGCGCGGCCUCGAUCGUACGCAGAAGAGCUCCCGAUGGGAAGCUAUCAAUCGUCUCGCCCCGGCCCUCACGGACCUGCUUCAGGCAGCAAGUUUUAUCAGGCGACGAUCGGGCUGGGCACCGUCGAUGAAGGCUCCAAGUCCAAGCAUAACGUCCCAGCAGAUGACAGCGCAGACCGUGCUCCGUCAGAAGAGGAGCGACGAAUCCCGUCGCAUGCUACUCCCAUGUUCUCGAUGGGAAGGCCAGUGGCAGCAGCAGAGAAGUUGUCUUCGGACAACGCAAGGCCAGUGGGAGAAAGGGAAGGCGGGAAAGGGCCGCCUAACCUAGUGCCUUUCCCAUUCCUAUCUCUACGAAACAAUGAUGUCGGUAGUCCAAUCCGGAUUAGCAACGACGGCAGUUUGCCGCGCUCAAGUAUCAGUCGCGAUGGGGCCCUCCCCAUGCCAAGCGCAUUUAACGACGUUGUCCCUGCGGUUCCACGCGCCUUAUGCCGUCGCGAAUCUGCGUCAUCCAGUCUCUCUACCGCAUCGACAACGCGGGGGACGUCCUCGUCCAUCUACUAUCAGCCGGAGGAGAUGAUGCUCCAGCCAUCUCAAUCCGAUGAGCACAUUGAAGACCGAACGGCUGAAACCCAAUCACCUCUCUCGCCUACGGGCCAACGAGAGGAAAGCACUGAUCCAAUAACCCCUCAUCGGUCAUGGCCCAUCUUGCACCAGAAACUAGACUUCGUAAGCAGAAAACCGGAGGCUUCGACUUGGUGGGCCUUUCUCCCAGGAUUGCGAGCCAAUCCUGCCUCGAGGGUGGACAAGUCCCAGCUUCAAAAGACGGAAACAAUGCACAGCCAAACAGAUCAAACCGACGCUGAGCGUCCCAACAGCAUCGAGAUCGUAUUUACGGGGGAGGAAUCGGCAACGGACCCAAGUGUACAGCCCGCCGCGCCUGCUCAAGAGCAUCAUGACGUUCCUGUGGUUCCUCCCUCGCCGUCGCAGACGAUGGAGACAUCUGAGUCAGAUGAUUCAGCCGAGCUCCGCUUGUGGCAGUCAUUUCCGGAGCAGUCGCGAAUCAACCCGCCAGGCCUGGUCGCUCUUCGGCUUGAACAACAUUCAUUUGAGGAAGCGGAGUGGAAGAAAGACAAGGCACGAGAGAUGGACGCUGAGCGGGCAGUCGCACAAUUACAAAACCUCGCGGCGGCAAUUACCCCGAAGCUGGCUGCAACAUCCAGCCAGGACCUCUCAAAGAGCCCUUCAGAGGGUGGCCUUAUCCCCAUCAAAGAAGAGAGCUGGGGAAGCUCGCUAAAUUCCGCUAUUGCAAGUCAUGACGGCCACGAGAGACCUGGCGAGGAGGUUUCCGUCAGCAUCCCCCAAAACAUUGACAUCCCCAUGUAAAAGAUGUCACAGUCAUUGUCACACUUUUUCAACUUCCGCGUUGAUACAAU